GAACCGAGAGAUAAGAAACUGAGUCAAACAAACUCAGUUGAAACUUCUCCAACUCCAUAUCUAGUUUACUUUACUACAGUCUCCUGAUACAAGGAUGGGGAAAUGUUUGUCUGUAUGCAGACACCGAGACGAGAAUGAAAACGAUUCAGCGGAGAAAUCAGAUCAGGAUCAAUCUUUCCAGGAGAAACAGAGAAGAAAAACCAGAGAUGAACACAGGAGAAGGAUCAGUUCGGGAGAAACUGAUAGGAAACGAGUGGUUGGAGAGGGAGGAGAUGAUGAACGACAAGUUAAACACCAAGGACGGAGAAGAAAGAGCUCCGGGUUGUCUAGAUACUCAGGAGACGGAAGACAUGUCGUAGAAAACCCUUUUUCUAUCGCAGCGUUUAAUGUGAAAAGGUUUGGAGUUUCCAAGAUGUCUGACCCAAAGAUUGUUGACAUUCUGGUGAGUCUUGUUACUAGUUUCGACGUUAUGUUGAUCCAGGAGGUAGUGGAUGUAUCCGGGAAGGCUGUGAAAGCACUCCUUCAGGCGGUUAACGAUGCCAGUAAAGACCAAGGAGAGUAUGAUGUUCUGGUUUCGGACCGAGUUGGUAGAACAAACCAGAAGGAGCAGUAUGCAGUUUACUUCAGGAAAGCCAAGGUUCAAAUUCUGGAUAGUUCAGUGUAUUCAGAUCCCGGAGAUGUUUUUAUCCGGGAACCAUUAAUAGUGAGAAUGAAGUGUAAUACUGUUAUACCGGGAGCAAGUGAACUCACAAUGAUCUGUAUACAUACUCAACCUAAAUCCGCAAACAAGGAAAUAGAUCAGCUCUACGAAGUUCACAAACACGUGACAGGAACUCUUGGUGCAAAGAACGUUAUUCUUCUUGGAGAUUUUAACGCUGGAGGAACCUAUAUACGGAGCCAGGACUGGGAGACAAACAGAUUGAGAGGAGAUGAGUUUAACUGGCUUAUUCCUGAUCAUAUGGAUACAACUACAACCAACACUCUCGCAGCUUAUGACAGGAUUGUAGUAUGGGGAGAGGAGCUUUUAAAAGCCGUAGUUCCUAACUCCGCCCAAGUUUACAGAUUCGAUCAAGCCCUUGGUAUUGACCAGGAUACACUAAACAAGGUUUCGGAUCACUACCCGGUUGUAUUCUCUCUUCAAACCUGUGUCCAUCCUACUCUAGAGAAGAAUAUCAGAAAGAAGAUAAGUUUUAUGUUCACGGAUAAACGGUUCCCGGAGAUAAAUCCUCAAACCUUGCUCAACGAUGUCAAAAUUCACAAGUUUAAGACUCGUAGUUUAUACGAUGAGACAGGAGCCUUAAAGAUAGUAGAGCUCAGAUCCCACAAGAUUAGUAAACUCUCUGAAGUAGGUUCUCACCUAGAGAAACUACGAGCAGAGAAUAAAAACCUUCUCUCCUACUCUGUCCUCGCUGCGUUGCAACACGAGCUUAAGUUGGUUGAAUCUGCUAAGGGUAAGCUGAGUGAGGAGGAGAAAGGAAAAUAUUUGAUCCUGCUAGUUCUAGACCUGGAGCUUAAGAAUCUAACUUGCUCGGUUGAGAUUCAGACCAAUCUGAACCAGGGCGUUAUCCUAGCUGGGUAGGCCUACAUACAGAGGCCUCUGAGAACAGCGACAUCUAUAAACUUUUUUGUUAUAUAGUUAUUUUGGACCUUUGUAGUCUUUUUUUUCUUUAAGAGAAUGUAAACGUCUCAUUCACAACGGUACCCUUGAAAGCUUGUCAAGUAUCCACUAUGAAUUAGAUAACCCAAACAUGCUGUGUUAAAAAACUGAUAAUUUUCAUAUAUGGGUUUUCUACUAAAGCAACUUGCGCAUUUCUAACUUUAGAAACAAACACGAAAUGAACAGAAUUGAACACUUAUUCUUCUACACAAUUGAUCAGUGUAAGGUUUCAAUGUUAUCGUUGUGAAGCGGGCACCUAAAAUUCCACAGUCUUUUAAAGAGCCGAAUUAAUUUUAUGUAAACUAACCCUCUUUAAGCUUUGUACACCUACCUGAAGGAUAUUUUAUAUGUAUUUAAAAGUUUAUAUGUAGUAUGUAUCCUUUGCGCUUUUUAUUAUAAACCACCCAAACGCCAAAUAUCUACUGUUGUUGUAGCCAUUGAACCAUAGUUGCGUAUUUGGACAUGGAAAUAUCUUCUAUAACUCCGUCCCGUCAACGUCGACAGAACUCAAUUUUAUUGGAAAAUGUUUUAGUCGAAAACCAAUAGGUUUGGUCCUAUUAACUUGGUUUAG